AACCCUGUUGGCCUGUUCCCUUCCUCUCUCACGUUCGGACAUUCCAAGCCAACACCAGAAUCUUCCAAAGCCAAAGCCAAAGCCAAACCCCACACUCCACAGUGCACACCCACCGCAAAAAGGAGCCCAAGCCAAACCAACCGCACAGUAGAGAGACGCCAAAACCCACACGUACAGCUUAAGCUUUCCAAAGCCAAAAGCAACAACUAUGUACAGGGACACGUCGAGCUGCAACUCGUACAACUAUGGCGACGCUCAGUACUGGAACGCGCGGUACAUCCAGGAGGGAGGCUCUUUCGACUGGUACCAGCGCUACACUGCUCUACGCCCUUUCGUUCGCAAGUACAUCCCCACCUCCUCUCGGGUCCUCAUGGUCGGCUGUGGCAAUGCCGUUAUGUCAGAAGACAUGGUCAAGGAUGGGUAUGAAAACAUAAUGAACAUUGACAUUUCAUCAGUGGCCAUUGACAUGAUGAGAAGAAAAUACGAAUACAUCCCUCAGCUGAAAUACAUGCAAAUGGAUGUUAGGGAUAUGAGUCUCUUCCCAGAUGAAUCAUUUGACAGUGUCAUUGAUAAAGGAACUCUUGACUCUUUGAUGUGUGGCACUGAUGCUCCGAUUAGUGCUGCUCAAAUGCUAGGGGAAGUGAGUAGGCUUCUUAAACCUGGAGGGAUCUAUAUUUUGAUAACCUAUGGUGAUCCUACAGCGAGGAUGCCUCAUUUGAGACGGCCAGUAUACAAUUGGAAAACCAUGUUGUACAUUAUACACACAGCCAGCAAUGAGGUAGCUUUGGUCCCUCUUAGCACUGGGAUCUUGGAGUUCGACGGUGGGGGCAAAGUGUGCAGGCCAGAAGAGUUGGAAAGCUUGUUUCGGCAAUUCAGGCCUAGUAAAGCCAGACCAGGAUUCGAGAAGCCUGAAAGUUGCAGUUCAUCAACAAAGUCGUGCUUGGAACCCAUUCCGACCACUGAGAAUGGCUUACUUCCGCCAGGUUUUGUUUUGGAAGAUCCAGAUUCUCACUUUAUAUACGUGUGUAGAAAGAUGGAUGAGACAGAGUUGAGUAAUAUGCCCACCUACCCCUUCACAAAUGAUGUUUGAUAAUUCAUACCUUAGAGCGAAGCGCCGAUAAGGUAAUUUGUGUGCUUGUCUCUGAGCUUUGACAUGCAUCACAGCCAUUUACAUGAUUAUUGUCGCCAACUGCACAACUUCGAAUUGCUUGUAAAAGAUACAAGAUCCCCCUUUUUUGUUUUUCAAAGGAACUUGAAAUUGUAGGCUAGCUUGAGGCAUGGGGAAUAAAAAUGAAUCGAAAAAAUGAAACCCAUUGGAGAAACCCUAGUGAGAGAUCAGCAUCACUUUCUUGUCCUUUUACUGUACUUUUUUCUAGACACGAAGCUUGUUUUCUAGUAUUCUUUCUGUACAUUGGUUUC